AUGGACGGGAAAAAAGUUGAGUCUCUGAAUCUCUCAACAACGGAGUCAGAGGCAGAGAACAUGACGAUCGGAGCGAAGAGGCCACGGCCGAACCUUCAAAAAGGUCUCGACCGCGACGUAUAUCUAGUUUUGAAGAAGCUCGAAGAAACCUCUAACGACGGAAAGCCUUUCAAAUCGACCACAGCCGUAUACGAAGCCAUCAAAAGGUCGAAUUCUAGCCUUAGUCGGCAGAAGAAGCGCCCUCUCGAAGACUCCAUCGAUCGCGCGCUUCAGUAUCGCAAGGAAGAACUGGGAGACGACUCGAGCGAUUCGGAAGCCGAUCUCGAAGAGCCGCCUAAGCCUGACGACGACCGUUUCCUUCUCAACAGGCAAAUGACGAAGCAUUGGCAUGCUCCAGCUUCCCAAGCUCCUCAAGACACCGCACCUCAGAGCACUGCGCCUCAAAACCCGAACGAGGCAGCACGCGCUGCCAAGAAGCGCCGUGUGCAAGAGGAUGGAGAGGAACGCUCCGGCGCCGUUACACCCAAGGGCGCAUUGACCGAUACCGAUGCUGCGCCAGCAGAAAAGCAAGAAAAAAUGCCUUUCAAAAAAACACAAAAGUCGAGCCGUCACAGGGUCGAGCACCCCACCGACGCAGUACAGAUCGGCGGCGUAGCAGACGUUUACACAGAACUCUUCAAGCAGACACACAGCCUCCUAAAAUGGCCAGAGCUGUAUGCUACCAAAAACUGGCGCAAGGUGCCGGGUAUUCUCCUUUCAGGCCCUGCAGGAACAGGAAAGAGGUCUUUAAUUAAAUUCCUCGCGUCAAAAAUUGAAGUGCCGAUCGUAUCACUUACCGGAUGCUUUGAAGACCCUGAGCGCCUGGAAAGAAGCCUAAACGAUGCAAUCGAAGAAGCUAUGAGGUUAGCCCCUUGUAUCCUCUUCAUUGAGCAAUUGGAGUGGCACAUGUCGAAUCCCGGAAGCAAAAGCCACAGCGACAGUCAGCGCCGGAAUGUGAUUCAAUUCAUGCGACAGAUGCGACGGAUCGAGGCGGAACAAGACAAGGAUAGGCAUAUUCUUGCUAUAGCUACAACGUCACGAAUCACCGAUGUCGACCCUGCCGUUUUAAAGACAGGCUUGUUUGAGCGCACAGUUCAGAUGCGGAUACCAGACCCUGAGGCCCGCGAAGAUAUCCUCAGACUGGUCACGAAAAACAUAAGCUUAUCUGAGGAAGUCAAUUUCAAAGAGUUGGCCAAGAUAACACACGGAUUUGUCGGAGCUGAUAUCGUCAAUGUUUUGACCAUUGCAGAGCAAGAGGCGGCAGAGCGCCAUAUGGACCUCAGCCUGUGCCAGCAACACCUCGAUCAAAGGUUUUCUACGGAUCAUGAUCAAAUACUCCCGGACCUUAUGGAGCUUGAAAACGUGCUACCGUCCAGUCUCUUCCCCAAGCCACCUGUUAUCGCCCUGACACAAGAAGACUUCAAGAAAGCCAUCAAGAACUUUGUGCCUUCUCUACGAAAGGACGGUUUUACAGUUGUGCCCAACAUCACUUGGGAUCAAGUCGGUGCCCUCCAGGCCGCCCGCAAGCAGCUCGAGUUGUCUAUUAUCGGCCCCAUCCGUGACCCUGACCGUUACCGUCGUCAUGGUCUUCGCCGCCCAGCAGGCUGCCUUCUCUGGGGUCCUCCUGGAUGUGGAAAGACGCUUGUUGCGCAAGCUGUUGCCAACGAAGCCCAAGCCAGUUUUAUUCUUAUUAACGGACCGGAACUUCUCAACAAGUAUGUCGGUGAAUCGGAGCGCGCCGUACGUGAGCUUUUCAACCGCGCACGCUCAUCUACCCCCUGCAUCCUCUUCUUUGAUGAGAUGGAUUCCCUUGUCCCCAACCGUGAUAAGACGUCCAACGAGGCUAGUACUCGCGUUGUCAAUGCUCUCCUUACCGAACUCGACGGUGUGCAAGACCGCACAGGUGUGUACGUUAUCGGCACGACCAACCGCCCGGAUAUGAUCGACCCUGCUAUGCUCCGUCCCGGUCGCCUCAGCAUCUCCCUCUUCCUCGAUCUGCCGUCCCCCAACGAGCGAGUCGACAUCCUGCGCGCUAUCUACCGCACAUGUCAUCCCGAUGCAGCAGUCGCCGAGCUUGAGAGGCUAGAUGCUGUGGCUCGCGAUCCUCGUUGCACCGACUUUAGCGGUGCUGACUUGGGUGGACUACACGAAAAGGCAGCCGAGAGCUCACUUCAACGGGAGGAAGAAAAGGCCGACAUGGGUAUCGACGAGGUGGAUUGGGAGUAUGCGUUGUCAAGGUCAUACAAGAGUGUAACGAAUCCAGAGACGUAUCGCAAGAUGGAAGCGAAGAUGAAAAAGACACAAUAG